AUGCAUUUUAUUGUUUUACAUAGUUUCUAUGAUGACUGUAUAGCAUCAGAUCAGAAUAUCAUUUCAUUAACAGAUUACCUUCCAAAUACUUACCAACAGUGCUCCAUCAUAGUAGAUAUACCUGAAUCUACAGGUUAUGUUACAGACAAUAACAUCAUUAGAUCUGUUUCACCAAGGUGCUUUAACAAUCAAGUUAUUUCAUUUGCAUUCAAAGUAUUGUUUCUGUGUCCAAAUCAUCCAAUAUUCUACCAGCCAUAUUUUUUAAACAUUCAUCCUAAAGAAAAUCCAAGAUCUUCAUCAGCCCCUUCCAAAUCAUGGCGCCGUAAACGUGCCACAGACAACCAUGCCCCAGUUUUCGAUGAAAGAAAAUAUGUCAAACAUGUUAAAGAAGGGCUGGAAAAAGGAGUUAUUGUAGGAACUAUCACUGCCCAUGAUGCAGAUCAGGGAGAUGAAGGUAUGAUCACGUACUCCAUGAUUCCAGAAAGAGAUGAAAGGUCAGCAAAUAUGUUUGCUAUCAACCCCAGAACUGGUACCAUCAAUACAACAACAAAAUUGGAUCGUGAGCUAAUUGAAAUCCAUUUUUUCCGUAUUAUUGCUACUGAUAAGGGUAGAGAUAGUAAAAAGGGUUACACAAAUAUUCAAAUUAUUGUUGAUGAUGUGAAUGAUCACCAUCCACAGUUUGAGCAGCAGAACUAUGUGAGAAAUAUUUCAGAGAAUCAGGAUGUGGACACUAAUAUUUUGACUGUCCAAGCAACUGAUCUGGAUGUAGAGCAAAAUGCUGAUAUUCGGUACAGUUUUGUGAACCCAACUCGUGACUUCCUGAUUGAUCCACUAAGAGGAAUUAUAACCAAUCUGGUCAAACUUGAUCGUGAAACCAAAUCAAGUUAUGUUUUGAUAGUCCAAGCCAUGGAUCAAGGUCCAAUAAAUUCUCGUAAAUCAACAACAUCCACUGUGAGCAUCAAUAUUUUGGAUCUUAAUGAUAAUAAACCUCAAUUCUCUCAAACUUCCUAUUUGGUUAAUGUCAAAGAAGAUCUUGAUGUUUUUUCACGGCCUGUCAUUCUCAAUGUUAGUGCCACAGAUAAAGAUCAGGGCCUUAAUAAAGAAAUCAGAUAUAGCUUGACUGGCAAUGUUAUGGAUACUUUUCAAAUUGAUAGUCUAACUGGACAGUUGCAUGUUAUCAAAGCACUAGAUUAUGAAAGUUACAGAGAAUAUCGUUUAAAUGUUAGAGCUGAAGAUAGUGGUAAUCCAUCUCAAAAGAAUUCAACUGCUAUCUUGGUCCAAGUUAUAGAUGUUAAUGACAAUUCACCACAGUUCCAUGGUGAUAGAUAUAUGGAGUCAAUUGAUGAAGGUGCGGAAACAGGUUCCUCAAUACUUCAAAUGGUAGCUUAUGAUCUAGAUUCUGGUAAAAAUAAAGAAAUCACAUACAGUAUUCUUAACAAGCCAGCUUACAUGCCUAUGUUGAUUGAUCCAAGGUCUGGGUGGAUAACAACUAAUGGUGUACUUGACCGUGAACAGGAAGCUAGAUAUGAGUUUACAGUUCAAGCUCAAGACAAUGGUGUCAUUCCUCUAUCUGCCACCACCAGUGUCGUGAUUAAUAUUCGUGAUAUCAAUGAUAAUUCCCCAGUUUUUAGGCCAAGAAUUUACGAAACGUUAUUGUCAGAAGAUUCCAGGAUUGGUGCCAUAGUUACAUCAGUAACAGCAGUAGAUAAGGAUGAUGGUGACAAUGGUCAUGUUAUAUAUAGCAUUGCUAGUGGCAACACAGCUGACACCUUUCAAAUCAGUACCAGCAAUGGCCUAGGUGUUAUAAGAUUACAGAAGAAACUUGAUGCCAGAGUACAGAAUCGGUAUGCUUUAUCUGUGACAGCUAAAGACCCUGAUGGCAAUCUGGAUACCACUGAGGUCUUUAUAAAUAUUUCUGACACUAACAGAUUCCUUCCGGAAUUUCAAGGAACACCUUAUCAAUUUGAUGUGGAUGAAAAUGUCAAAGUAGGAACUUCAGUUUUUAAAGUAUUUGCUUUAGACAAAGAUAGAGGUGAAAAUGCACGGAUUACAUAUAGUUUUGAUGGAGCUGUUUCAGAUUUUAUCAUUAACCCUGAUACAGGUCAAAUAAAAACAAGCCAAGAGCUGGAUCGAGAGUCAGGACCGGCUUACACUUUGACUAUUACAGCUAGGGAUAAUGGUAGUCCAUCAUUAAUUGAUACAACUGAUAUAGACAUCACAGUUAAUGAUAUAAAUGACAAUCGUCCAGAAUUUUCUGAAGUUGUUUACACUGGAAGUGUGAAAGAGGACAUACUUGUUGGCCGUAAAGUUAUUCAAAUUACAGCCACAGAUCGGGAUAAGGGAGCAAAUGGGCAAUUAUUCUACACAUUUGAAGGUGGAGAUGAUGGUAAUGGUGAUUUUAGUAUUGACAGAUCUCUUGGAGUAAUUCGUGUUGCUAAAGAAUUAGAUCGUGAAACUGUGGCUCAUUAUAACCUUCUGGCUUAUGCUGUGGAUGAAGGUGAGCCAACUCUUUCAUCCUCUGUUGUCAUAAAAUUGAAGGUGGAGGAUAUAAACGAUAAUCGUCCACAAUUUGAAGCAGAAACAAUAGAAGUGGGUGUACCAGAAAACAGCCCAAGAGGCACCACACUGACAAAAAUAUCUGCUGUCGAUCCUGAUGAGGGAGUUAAUGCACUUGUGGAAUAUAAUUUCGUAGGUGGUGCUGACGUUGAGUCUUUUCAUUUGGUGAGCAAAGGUGGUGAGCCUGCUAUUAUAACAACUAAAGUAGACUUGGACUACGAGUCAGACAAGAAACAAUAUGAAAUUAUUUUACGUGCUGCUAGUGACACUCAAUUCUCUACUGCUACUGUUUUAAUUAAUGUUCAGGAUGUUAAUGAUAACGCACCUAUAUUGAAAGAUUUUACUAUCAUAUUUAACAACUAUCUAGACCAUUUUCCAUCUUCAUCUAUUGGACGUAUACCAGCUUUUGAUCCGGAUAUAAUUGACCAAUAUAGAUUAGAUUAUAAGUUUAUCUCUGGGAAUGGUGCGAAUUUGCUUCAUCUGAAUCAAAAUUCUGGAAAGGGGGAGAUCACUUUAGACCCACGUCUAAAUUCUGAUGUACCAAGAAAUGGAACAUUUGUUGUUAGCGUUUCAGAUGGAAAGAAUACUGUGAAGGCAACAUGCCGUCUGUACGUUCGUUUGAUAACCCAGAAUAUGUUAUUAAACAGUGUAACGAUAAGGUUGAACAAGAUGACACAAACAGCAUUCCUAUCUCCACUCUUCAAAUUCUUUGUUGAAGCUCUCGCCACCAUCUUGAAAACAGAUGAAAAUCAUAUUUAUGUCAUCAAUGUUCAAGAUGACACUGAUGUCACAGCUCAGAUAUUGAAUGUUACAGUAUCAGUCCGUCAAACAUUCAAGAUGAUACAGGGAGAAAAUGUGGAGGUCUUUUAUCCGUCUGAUCACCUUCAAGAAUUGAUAUAUUUAAACCGUGUUCUGUUAGCUAAUCUAUCGACUCUACAGGUUCUUCCGUUUGAUGAUAAUUUAUGCAUGAGAGAACCCUGUACAAAUUUCGAAGAUUGCAGAUCAACAUUGGUUUUUGGAACAGCUCCUGAUUUCAUUAUGUCUGAAACAAUGUUAUUUCGACCUAUACAUCCAAAAAAUGGCUACCGAUGUGAAUGUCCUCAAGGUUUUACUGGCAUGAAUACAACAAUAUUUUGUGAUACUGAAGUUGAUUUAUGUUAUUCAAAACCUUGUCAAAAUGGUGGAUCAUGUAUGCAAAAAGAAAAUGGCUAUACCUGCUUAUGUAGUCCAAACUUUGAAGGUGUAAAUUGUGAAAUCAGUAUGACAUCCAAAUAUGAUGCUGAAACUUGUCCAGAUGAUUUGUGUCGUUUACCUAGUUACUGUGUACCAUUGAUAGAUGGAGGUUUCCAGUGUAAAGGAUGUCCCGAUACGGAAGAUUAUGACCAGUUCUGUCGUCUGCGUACCCGAAGCUUUUCAAGUAGAUCUUUUCUUUCUUUCCCAUCUCUACGCAAACGUCACCGAUUUAAAAUUGAAAUGAGGUUUGCAACUCAGAAAAAGAAUGGGCUGUUAUUUUAUAAUGGAAGAUUUAAUGAACAACAUGACUACAUUGCAUUAGAAAUAGUGGAAGGACAAGUUGUCUUUUCCUUUUCUCUUGGAGGUAGUGUUACUAUGGUAACACCUAAUGUAGUGAAUGGUGUUAGUGACGGUGAAUGGUGGAAAGUGAAAGUUGAAUAUUUAAAUAGGCAAGCUACAGUGACAGUAGGAGAGAAAUGUGAUACGGAAAUCUCAGUACGUUAUGGAAAUGCUUUAGGAAAUUAUUCUUGUGCUGCCCGAAAUACUCACAAUCUUCCCACAAAAUGUGAUAAUCCAGUUGAAGUCUGUCAUAGAUUGUUGGAUUUAACUGGACCAUUACAGAUUGGUGGAUUACCAGGUUUACCAACAGCAUUUCAAGUCCAGAAUCGUAAUUAUAUAGGAUGUAUCGGAGAUUUUUAUAUUGAUAAAGUAUUAUUAGAUUUAAAUUCAUCAGUUGUGGCUGUUGGAACUGAAAAUGGGUGUUCAAUGAAGAAACAAAGAUGUCGUAAUUCACCGUGUAAAUUUGGAGGUAAAUGCAGGGAAGGUUGGGAUGAUUUUUUCUGUGAUUGUUCAGAAAAAACUGGUGGAAAAGAUUGUUCACAAGUCAUUGAAUCCAGUAGAGAACUGAGCAACAAUGGCUAUUUGACAUACACUAACUUCACGUUUCCUAAGAUAAAUUUUCCAUGGUACACUGGUUUGGCAUUUAGAACACGAAAUUCAAAUGGUACUUUAAUGCAGAUAGUUUUGUCAGAUGGUGAUGUACGAAUCUUGUUAUUGAAUGGUUAUAUUAUUUAUAUAUAUAAUGGUAAAGUUGUAGUAUUUGAUGUGACAAAAGUAAAUGAUGGACAAUGGCAUUAUUUUGAAUCAAGAUGGUAUCCUGGACAGUUACAGAUGUUUUUAGAUUAUGGACAAAGAAAGAUGGUUGUAGAUAUGCCGAGUACUGUUCUAGAGAAAGUAAUACAAGUAGUAUAUGUUGGUGGAUAUCAUACUGAUAACAGUCCUAUUAUGAAUUAUUUUAAAGGAUGUGUAAAGGAUGUUCGAGUUGGUAACCUUGAUGAUUCUUUAUUAAGUAAACCACAAGAAACUAAUGUUAGAUUAGGAUGUAGCAGUAAUGAAGUUUGUACGUCUGCUGAUUGUGGUACUGGUCAGUGUAUUGAAGAAUGGGGUUUACAUUCCUGUCAAUGUCCUCCUGGUACAGUUGGUCCAAAUUGUGUAGAAGUUUGUACAGGUGUAAACCCAUGUCAGAAUUAUGCAGCCUGUAAAUUCCCACAAGGCAAUGAGGAAACUUAUACUUGUGAAUGUGGUAGAAGACAAAAUGGACGUUAUUGUGAAAUAAUUUCACCAAAAGUGUGUCCUAUAUCAUGGUGGGGUGAUCCAAUAUGUGGACCUUGUAACUGUCCAACUCAUUUUGGCUUCAAGAGCUCUUGUGAUAAAAACAACGGUUCAUGUAUUUGUCAGGAAAAUCACUAUCGCCGCCCUGGAGAGCAUAAAUGUAGUCCUUGCGAUUGUUAUGAAAGGGGAUCACGAAGUCUAACGUGUAACUCGGUAACAGGUCAAUGUGACUGUCGUAAUGGUGUAAUAGGCAGAAGAUGUGAUCAGUGUUCAAGUAGAUUUGCUGAAGUUGAAACCAAUGGUUGUAAUGUAAAAUACAAUGUGUGUCCUAGAAAUCGUGCUGCUGAAGUCUGGUGGGAUAGAACAGAAUAUGGUGUAGAAGCAGUGCAAGAUUGUCCUUAUGAUGCUAAUGGGGAUGCUAAGAGAGAAUGUUAUGUUUGUGAAGAAGGUAAAUCAUGUGAUAAAGAAGAAGGUUGGCAAGAACCAGACUUGUUUAAUUGUACCAAUAAGAAUUUCACUAGACUAUCAUCAGUGUUUAAAUCUAAGAUCUCUAAUACAUACACGGCCAAAAAUAGCAUAGACAGACUGGUGGAGGCCACUAAUACAACUUAUCAUAUAUUUGGUGGUGAUAUUGUCAUGGCUUAUAAUGUUAUUAGAGAGGUUUUACUGUAUGAAAAUAAACUACAAGGAUUGAAUCUUACUAGUGAACAACAUAGUACAUUUAUUCAGAGAAUGUUAAUAGCUGUAAGUAAUAUCACUAAAUUAGAAUAUGAAGUAUUAUGGGAUAGAGUGAAUUCAGUAACAGGAGGUGCUGGAGAAUUAGUGAACCAGUUUGAGAACUAUGUUGAGACACUAACUAAAAGUAUGGAGCCUGCUCAAUCAACACCUUUUGAUGCCAUUGCUGACAAUAUGGUGUUUGCUGUUGAUUGGAUACGGAAAGGAAAUUCCAGUAAUAAUUACAUACCAAAAUAUGAUCAUAUUGCUAAGAAAGGUACUUUUGAUGAUGAUACGAGAGUUAAAAUACCCCCAUCUCUACUCUACCACACUCUAGGAUCAAGUGAAAUGAAUGGUAAAAUCUAUGUAGGAUUUAUUAUGUAUAAAACUAUUGGAAAUCUCAUGUCCAAAAAUUAUUCUGCAGAGAUAAGAACAACUCAUUCAAUACGUAUAAAUAGUCCAGUAGUAAGCCUAGUGAUUGUCAAUGAAGGUAGAGUCAAAUCUGGUAAUUUGAAAUAUCCAAUAGAGAUAACAUUCCGUCAACUGAACACUACUAAUAGAUCUAAUCCACUGUGUGUUUAUUGGAAAACUGACAAUAAUGGAUACAGCUACUGGUCUAGAAAUGGUUGUGAAGUCAGUGAUAGAUAUAGUAAAAGUCAAAGUCAAUAUGUUGUCUGCUCUUGUCACCAUUUAUCAACUUUUGCUGUUUUGAUGGAUGUUUCAGAUAAGGAGUAUGAUGAAAUGGCUAGUGUAACAGUGGAAGUUCUGACCUAUAUUUUAGUUUUUAUAUCACUAAUGUUACUGGUUGUAGCCUAUUUAAUUCUACUGUGUUUUAAACGAUUACAAUGUAACUGGAACUCCAUACAUAUCAAUCUAAUAGUUGUAGUGUUUGUAGCAGAGUUGGCCUUCAUUAUUGGUAUCAAUAGAACUAAAUCUGAGCUCACUUGUCGUCUGAUUGCCAUCACUUUACAGUAUUUCUAUAUGGCCGCCUUUUCUUGGUUAUUUGUGGAAAUAUUACACAUUUAUAGAAUGUUAACAGAAAUACGAAACAUCAACUAUGGUUCAAUGAAAUUUUAUUAUCUUAUUGGUUAUGCGAUUCCUGGUAUAAUAGUAGGACUAGCUGUAGGUUUAUAUACUGAUGGAUAUGGUAAUAGUCAAUUUUGUUGGUUAUAUACUUCCAAUGGUAUUAUUUGGAGUUUUGCUGGUCCCAUUGCAAUGUCUACAUUGAUAUCUGUAUUAGUAUUUAUAUUAGCUGUCCAGGCUAGUUUACUAGAAAAAACACAUGUUAGAGAUAUACAAACUGUUAGAAUGGGUUUGAUGUGUUCUAUUAUAAUGUUAGCUUUAUUAUGUCUUACUUGGGUGACCGGGCUCAUCUCAGUCAACUAUGGUAUUAAAGCGCUUCAUUAUGUUUUUGCUUGCUUCAUGUUCGCGAUUGGAGCUUUCUUUUUUGUCACUCAAAUUCUACUUCAAAGGAAGGUACGAUUACAAUUAAAAAAGGCCUGGUAUAGAAUUCGAGGUAAAAAGUUAGAUAUUGAUGAAAACCUGGCUGGUACACGUAGCACUGUUGUUUCUAGAUCUGCUUUAGCCUAUCGUCAUGAGUCGUUUUCUGAUAGUGGCCUACAUCGAAUUAAUAUUGGUAUUUCAACAACAUCUACCACCAGUCAAUCAACUAGUAAGAGUAGUGGUAUUCGUAAGGACACCUAUUUACGCAGUACUAGUAGUUCUACGUCUGGUCAUGUACCUACUGGUCCAAUUUAUCCACCCAAUACUGGUAUAGCACCAUAUGGUUAUGAUCCUUCAUUCAACCAUAAUAAAGAUAUGAAUGGCAAAAUAUUAGCCAAGACUGGUCAAGAUUCGGAUUCUGACAGUGAUGGUUCUGAUAAUAACAGUUUAGAUCUGGCUUCAAGCCACUCUUCAGAUGAUGAGGAAGAUAUGGACACAAAUAGAUGGGAUCAGAUGGCUUCUAGUGAAAUUGUUGAAAAGGCCAAAGAACAACUUGAAAAACAGAGAAAAGAAAAAGAUGAAAUGAAAAAUAAAUCUCCUUUUAUCAAUGAAUCAGUAUGGCCUGGUGAAAAGACUAGGGAUGUUGAAGGAAGAUUAUCCAGUCAAAGACCUGAUGUUACCAUGACAUCAGCAGAUUCCACAGCAGGUGUAAGACUUCAGUUUGAAACUUAA